GGGCGAUCCUCCAGCGGAUCCGUUGACAGCAUGGCCGAGAAUGCCGACACGAGGCUCGUCGAGUACUUCUUCGUGGCGACAAAGACCGGAAACACCCACUCCAUCGUUUUCCAGUACCCACCGCAAAAUCAUGACCGCGACGAGUACCCACAGAGCGUACUCCUGUUUAUGUUUCCAAGCCGAAGCGCGGAUUCCCCACCGGCAAUGUACAACGCGUUCGUGCUGACGACUGCAACUGGAUCGUCACUGUACGGCGCGUCCGUGUGCAUGUCUUCUUCGACGUCCAACAACCACGCCGACGCAGCAUGCCUCACCUCCUUGUGCAUUGUGAGCAAGCAUCCCCUGUACACGGCGUUUCUUCAGUACUUGGAGCAACUUGCAGUUCUCGGUUCGAGACAACAUCGACGGAAUCGAGAAUUGAUGCGCAAUGACGUGGCCAACCCUCCAGAAAAAGUACGCUUUGUCGAGCAGUGCCUGACCAACUUGCUGCACGAAGUGCCCGUGCCGCGUUUCGGUUCGUCUGGCGUGCUGUGCUCGGUGGCUGAGACCAACAUUUUGCUGCAAGCGGCGCCACUCGAUUGGGAAUUCGUUGAGUAUACCUUUCAGCUGGUAGAACCAGAGAACCUUGUCAUGCUCGUGCACCAUGCCAUGCUCGAGCACUCCAUCUUAAUCCUGGGGACGGACAACUUGUUCAUCACGGCAGUCGCGACCACGAUUCGGUUACUCCUGACGCCGUUGCAAUGGGACCACGUUUUCGUCCCUGUCGUUCCCCACGGUGUCGACAUCGCGACGUUGCUGGAAGCCCCCGUGCCGUUCAUUGCCGGAGCUCACGCGUCCCAAGUGCCGCAUCCUGCCUCGUUGUCGUCGCCCACGGCUGUCGUUCGCUUUGACAUGCGCGACAAUCGCUUGCAUGGAUCGCGCGCACGGCUACCAAUGCUACCCCAGGCAGCUGAAGCGUUAGUGCGUCGGCUCAACGGCCACAUCAUGACCAUGACCGAGGGCGGGCCGCCGUCACUGCUACCACAGAUCCUUCGUGAUCGACGCAUUCGCAUGCAAACUCGUCUGCGCGAGGCGUACGACUCGACUACGGCCACGGACAAAGAGCCUACAACGAACGACGACUCCAAGCUGUCAACGUCGCUGUUGACGGAUUCGAGUCCGCUCAAUCGAGUCAUGGUCAAGUGGUUUCGACGACUCGUGUGCGAGUACCGUUCCGGGUUGGAUGUGCUGGGGGCAAAGAAAUUCUUGGCUCAAAAGACUGGACCAGACAAAGCGUUUUACGUGGCGUGGAGCAACACGAGCGCAUUUCAGCAGCAAGUGGACGGCAGUGCCACGAGCGGGUCAUCGUCGUCACUGUUGCGGAUCGACCGCGACGACGCUGACGAUGACGAAGACGAAGCUCUCGGGCAUCAUGAACCUCUACACCCCAUCCAUGUGCCGUUGCGGCCGGUCGGCCACGACCUCAUGGCCGCAUUUCUUAAACGGGCAAAUGCACCACAACCUGCCGAGGAAGGUUUUCCAUGUGUCACGCCACCAAACGCUGCCGACCGCGAGAUUGCGUUUCCAACGCUUUCAUGCGACGCAUUGAGUGCGUCUCGACCCAAAUUGCCUUACGAAGUGCCCGAAGUCGCCUCCAGCAAGUCACGCAAGGGCAAACCAAACUCGACAGUCGUGGAAUGGCUCGACAAUUGGUUGCAUGGCGGCAAAUUGGACAAGUCUCCGCCAGCCAUCUUCCACCGCGCCAAGACUCUGGGCAGCCACUUGAGCCCUCGACUCAACUUUCACCGCACGAAAACGAGUCUAGACAUCCCAGACCACUCGUGGCUCCACACGACGUGCUCGCCAGAGUGCAUGGAGAACGUUGCGACCUGCACCCGUGUGCUAGACGACGUGUGGACGGCAAACAAGAAGCCAAGUCAGGCAUUGGAGCAAGCGUAUGUGGAGCUGAUUCAUACAUUGGGGGCGUGCCACGACGCUCUGCACCGGCAAGAUUUGGAGGCGGUGUGGAAAACGUGCUUGGGGGUGAAUCCCUUGGGCGGUAUCUUUAAUCAGCUUGGUCACUGGCGGCCAUUCAGUUGGCUCAUCAAGACGUGGAUGGACCAGGGCGACGUGGCGUUGGCAGUGACGUGGCUCGCGCAGAUUCAAAUGCACCAGCACCACCCGAUUGUGCCAACAACCCCCACGAGCCCCCGAUUGUUUGGCGUCAGUAGUUCGGAGACCAGCAGCAGUUCCAGUCUCCAUACCACUACAACAAGCUGUAGUGAUGCCAUGGCCGCGAGCAGCUCAACUGGAGUACUCGCAGCGUGCAUGGAAGUCGAGCUUGAGCCGCUUGUGCAUCGCGUGUACACAACGUUUGGAAUCGGGUCGCUUGGGCUCGUGCUACAGCCAUUUAACGAGAAACGCGGGUGCCAAGUGGCAGGGUUUCAGCACCAAGACGAGCGGUGCCGCAUUGAAGAAGGCGACGUGGUCGAAACGAUUGACGGCAAGCCAAUGAUGCUCAUGUUCUUCCACGACAUCGUCACGUACCUCGUCGAGAGGCCUCGCCCCAUGACGGUCAGUUUUAUCCGAGGGCUGAGCAACGUCGAGGACGUGUUUCAAACGUCGAGGCCGGUGAAGCUGCGACCCCGGCGUGAGAUGCACGACCGGUUUGGGGAACUCUUUGAGCGAGGCAUUCGGUUGACGUUGCUGGCAGAUUGUGCAGCUUGCGGCCACCGUGUGUCCGAACUCGACCUGCAAGUCCAGUGUCGAUCGACGUGUCCCAACUGCCACGCCCCGUUCAGUCCAUUCUUUUGCGUGCGCUACAUGGACCAGCCGCCGUCGACGCCGAUUCCGUACUUCUCGUGGAGUUACCUUCACGCGAGAUUGACCGCGCAUGAUGGCGGGGACGACUCGAAUUGUCCCCUGCCGAAAUGGUACGCCAAGGACCCCCACGUGUACUGGAACAUCGUCGUGAAGUGUUUGUGCUUGGACUGUCCGUUGGAUUCGUUCCUGGUGGAUCUGCAAGACGACGAUCAAGUACGCGUCGACGACAGCCACGGCCCCGAAACAACGCCCAUGGACGACCAGGAACUGUGCCUGUUUGUUCUGGGGCUGCCUUCGUCGCCUGGAAACCCUGCGUUGGCGGUCUUGCAAGCGCUGGCGAAGCAGCUGUUGCAUGAAAGCGAUCCGGAACAUGCAGUCGCCGGCAGCCCUGUCACGACGGUGCCAGCCCAUCGAAGCCUCAUCAACACGUGGCGGAAGGAUCGCGCCGAGCCAAUGGCCACAAAGGUGUCGUCCACGAUGCGUUGGAACAACGACGUUUAGCGCGAUAAUGGGAAUUCCAUCAAGUCGCCUGGC